AUUCAUCCUCAUUCAGGCUUCCCCAGCAUUUAUUAAGGGCUCCGGGCUCCUGCCUUUCACUCUCACUCUUCUGCUCAAACACCGAUCACUGGAGAGGCUCUCCCUGGUCCCCUCCCGCCAGCUGUGGGAAGUCUCGGAAGAACUUUGUCUCUCUCAGCAAUGCAUCUCUACGCGAUCGUAGUUUGUGUUCUCUGGUCUGCAGUGUGUGCCGACAACUCCGAUGAUUAUGAGCUCAUGUAUGUGAAUUUGGACAACGAAAUAGACAAUGGACUCCAUCCCACUGAGGACCCCACGCCGUGUGAUUGCCGUCGGGAGCAUUCCGAGUGGGACAAACUCUUCAUCAUGCUGGAGGACUCGCAGAUGAGGGAGGGCAUGCUGCUGCAGGCCACCGACGACGUCCUCCGGGGCGAGCUGCGGGGGCUGCGGGCAGAGCUGGGCCGGCUCAGCGGCAGCCUGGCGAGGCCGUGCGCACCGGCGGCCCCCGCGGAGGCCAGGCUGGCCCCGGCGCUGGAUGAGCUGCUGCAGGCGAGCCGCGAUGCGGGCCGCAGGCUGGCACGACUGGAGGGCGCCGAGGCGCAGCGCCCGGAGGAGGAGGCGGGGCGCGCCCUGGGCGCAGUGCUGGAGGAGCUGCAGCGGACGCGAGCGGACCUCCGCAUGGUGCAGGGCUGGGCGGCCCGCCACUGGCUGCCCGCAGGUUGUGAAACAGCGAUUUUAUUCCCAAUGCGUUCCAAGAAGAUUUUUGGAAGUGUGCAUCCGGCGACACCAGUGAAGCUUGAAUCUUUUAGUGCCUGCAUUUGGGUCAAAGCCACAGAUGUAUUAAACAAAACCAUCCUGUUUUCCUAUGGCACGAAGAGGAAUCCAUAUGAGAUCCAGCUGUACCUCAGCUAUCAGUCCAUGGUGUUCGUGGUGGGUGGAGAGGAGAACAGACUGGUUGCCGAUACUGUGACUUCCCUGGGAAGGUGGAGCCAUCUGUGCAGCACCUGGAAGUCAGAGAGAGGGCAAACGGCCUUGUGGGUAAACGGUGACCUGGUGGCUACCACUGCUGGGAUGGCCACAGGUCAUGUUGUUCCCGAGGGUGGAAUACUGCAGAUUGGCCAAGAAAAGAAUGACUGCUGUGUGGGCGGUGGCUUUGAUGAAACGUUAGCCUUUUCUGGAAGACUCACAGGCUUCAAUAUCUGGGAUCGUGUUCUCAGCAAUGAAGAGAUAAGAGAGACCGGCGGAGCAGACUCUUGUCACAUCCGGGGAAAUGUUGUUGGAUGGGGAGUCACAGAGAUUCAGCCACAUGGAGGAGCUCAGUACGUUUCCUAAGUGUUGUGAAACUCUACUUGAAGCCAAAGAAAGAAACUCACAUUUUAAACAUACGUCAGUUGGGAAGGUCUAAAACCCUCAAUGCAUACUAAGAACACUUGAGACUAAUGAAGGAGAGAGUGAGAUCAGUCUUUAUUUAUCUUGGCAAAAUACUGAAUAAACAGUUGAGCGAAGACAUUGGAGAAGGCUUUUGGGAUAUUGUUACUAGACUCGAUGCCAUGGUGCUUUCAAAUUAAUGUUGUGUCUUUGUCAGAUAAACUCUCAAAUAAUUAAAAAGGACUGUGUUGUUGAACAGAAGGACAAUUGUUUUACUUUUCUAUGGUUAAUUUUGUUUUGGCCAGAGAUGACUUUUACAUUGGAAGAAUAAUGAAAUAACGUUUGUUGUCCAUUGUUCAUUGUUAUUGGCAUGUACCUUAUUAUAAAAAAAUGAUGAUGAAAUGUAUUUAUACUACAAUGUGACUUAACAAAUAUAAAUGUAGUUUAUGUGUUAUAAUCAAAUGUCACUUUUUUGAGAAGAUAGUUAUAUAAGUUAUAUUGUAAAAUGGUUUUGUAUUAAUUUUAUUGACUAUUUUUGUAAAUAAAAUAUUUUAUAAACCUA